GGGAGCGCUACAAGUGCCUCCGCAGACAGCCCUCUGAUUUGCUGCCUGCCUCCUGAUUGUCCACGGUCAUUCACUGUCCUCACGGCCCCUCGGCCCCCCAGUUCCUUUCGCGGACUUGGUUACUUAACGAUGAACUCUCUCAGGCUCAUGGGCAGCUUCAAUGGACAGACAUGUGAUUUAGAAACUUCGGUUACCACAGGAGAUUGGCAGAGGGGGAGGAAGGGGAGGAGUGGAACCAUCCAGACGAAAUCCUCGGCUUUACUUUCCCCUGGCUGCGCGGCUGCGGAGACGUAGCUCCUCCAGCAGAUGCAUUAAAUCCGAGUUUAGGUUAAUCUGGAGGCUGCGAAGGGGCUGAAAUUGGGGAAGACUGACGACGGGGUGAAAGUAUUGUUCCUUUCCCAGGGAGCAGAGUGGUAGCUUCCAUUCAGAAGUCUGGCUGAUUCAUACACUGGAUGACUACUGAGCCAAGCGGAGAGCAGGCGAAGGGGACAGCUCGGAGCCAGGUGAUUGAGAGGACCAGCUCCUUCUUCUCCUGGUUUUGAUCUGGCGCAUCUCCCUACCCCAUUCCCCACUUUUCUCUCUCCUUCACCUGGAUGGGAAGUCAGGCAGAAUGGACAGAAUAUUGAUGGGGUGGAUAGUUUUCUUCUGGGUAACAGCAGUGGCUGAAGGCCUGCAGGUCAUCGUACCAGAGAGGACGAAGAAAGCCAUGCUGUUCCAGCCGGUUGUGCUGAGCUGCCGCUUCAGCACGUCCUCCCAGCAGCCGGCCGUCAUCCAGUGGAAAUUCAAGUCCUACUGCCAGGACCGAAUGAAGGAAGCCUUGGGCAUGGCCACCGGCGGGACCCAGCCCCUCAGCAAAAGGAACCUAGAGUGGGACCCCUACCUGGAUUGUGUAGACAGCCGGCGGACAGUGCGGGUUGUGGCCUCAAAGCAAGGAGCUGUUGUCACCCUUGGAGAGUUCUACCGGGGAAGGGACAUCACCUUUGGUGAAGGUGCAGAGCUCAAAAUUGGGAAAGUUAUGUGGGGAGACAGUGGCCUCUAUUACUGUAUCGUCACCACCCCUGACGACGUGGAAGGCAAAAAUGAGGACUCGGUAGAACUCCUUGUGCUGGGCAGGACAGGGUGGCUUGCUGCUCUCUUGCCAAGUUUUGCUGUGAAGAUUAUGUCAGAGUGGGUGUUUGUUGGCCUGGUGAUCUUGGGAGUCUUCCUCUUCUUCGUCCUGGUGGGAAUCUGUUGGUGCCAAUGCUGUCCACACAGUUGCUGUUGCUAUGUCAGAUGCCCAUGUUGCCCUGACUCCUGUUGCUGUCCUCGGGCAUUAUAUGAAGCAGGGAAAGCCGCAAAGGCUGGUUACCCUCCCUCUGUCUCCAGUGUUCCUGGUCCUUACUACAUUCCCUCUGUUCCUGUUGGAGGGGUCUCCUCUUCAGCCAUGCUGAUGGAUAAGCCACAUCCACCUCCCCUGGCAUCAAGUGACUCCAUUGGAGGAAGCCAGAGUGUUCGUAAAGGGUACCGGAUCCAAGCUGACAAAGAACGGGACUCCAUGAAAGUCCUAUAUUAUGUUGAGAAGGAACUGGCUCAGUUUGAUCCAACCAGAAGGAUGAGAGAAAGAUAUAAUAACACCAUUUCUGAACUCAGCUCCUUGCAUGAAGAGAAUGGAAAUUUCUGCCAAUCUUACCGCCAGAUGCGGAGGAAGCCACUCCCUUCUUUGGGGAACAUGGAGAGUGACACAGACUAUUGGACAGGUGUAAUGGGGAACAGUGGUGGGUCAGGACAUGGGCCCUCCCCCUCCAAUUAUAACAAAGAGGAUCGAGACAGCUUCAGGCACAGCCAGCAACGGUCAAAGUCAGAGAUGUUGUCCCGGAAGAAUUUUGCCAUGGGGAUGCCAGCUGUCUCCAUGGAUGAGUUGGCAGCCUUUGCAGACUCCUACAGUCAGCGGUCCCACCGAGGGGAGGGCAACAGCCAAGAGGCUCGUGGGGGGAGCCGCUUUGAGAGAUCAGAGUCACGGGCACAUGGCGGGCUAUAUCAUGAUGGUUCUCUAGAAGAAUAUUAUAGCAAAAGGAGCCGAAGCCGGGAGCCUCUGACGGACUCGGACCGGGGCUGGACCUAUAGCCCACCCCGAAGACGGGCGAAUGAAGAUAAACACCUGCCACGGCUGGUGAGCCGUACCCCAGGCGUUGGACAGAAGUAUGACCAUACCUACUUGGGCAGUGUACUAGAGAGGAAGUCCCGGGGUGAGGGCAGCAGCGGCGGAGGGAGCCUUGAGACCCCCUCAAAGUUGAGUUCCCAGCCACUCCAACGGAGUGGGAGCUAUUAUGCUUGGUCACCACCGACAACCUACAAAUCUGGGGGUGGACAGCAACCAUCACCACAGCCAGGGGAAGAAGACGAGAUGGAAGAUGACUUGCCACCGUACACUGAACUGGAGCUGACCCGAGGCCCCUCCUACAGGGGCCGGGAUUCGUUGUACCAUAGCAACUCAGAAAAGAAGAGGAAAAAGGAGCUACCCAAGAAAACUAAUGACUUUCCAACCAGGAUGUCCCUUGUGGUCUGAUACUUGUUUUCAAGGCAUCUCUUUGGACGACUAGAAACCAGGAGGUGACUAUGGGGACAAGAAUCUGACCCAAGACCCAGCAGGCCAUCAGAUAUGGAAGACUUGCCAGUUACCAGCUUUGUCUUGAGGAGACUCAGCCUAAACCAUAGAGUCCAUUGAAUUAGCUCUUCAAGAAACUGGUCAGAAAACCAACUAGGAUCGGAUUGGGAUUGUUCCCAUGUUUCUCACCUUAACCUUGUUACUCUGCUUUGCGGAACCAGAACCAAAAGGCCGUUUUCUACUAUAAAACAAAGCUAGCUCUCGACCUCUUAUCACCUGAUAUAGCCUCUGUCUAUGGUACACUUUCCACAUCUCCCACACCCUCCUCAGAAUCCCUUUUGACUCAUUUGGACAAGGACAAGAAAGGUGAUUUUUUUUCCCCAAUCCUAGGGGAAGGCCUUCUGCUAGCAUUUGAACAUGGCCCUAAAGCAAAAAACAAAAAACAAAAACAAAAACAAAAAACUGCUGCUCUCCUGACCAUCUCUGUACUAUUCAUCUAAUGUGAUGACAAAAUCUGAAGGCCUUUGGAAACCACUUGAUGUAUUUGCUGCAAGUCUUUGUAAUGGUGCCAUGCUGGGCAAUGGGACUUCAGUUUGCUGUUCUGAUUGAUGAUUCUUUAGUGACUGGAGCCAAAAAUAUUAGGGUUACACACCUUCCUGAAAAGUGAUAUGAGUUUCUGAGACACAGGGAAGACAGUAUGGCGUAGUGGUCAGAGAACUGGCUCCAGAAGCCAAGAAGACCUGGGUUCAAGUCCUGCCUCCUACGCACACUGACUCUGUAACUCUGGGCAAGUCCCUUAGCUUCUCAGCAUUCCAGGCAGCUCUCAGCCUGUAUAUUACAGAGAAAAGGAUGACCUGCAUCGGUUGGGGGAGUUUCUUCACCCCCAUACCCGUGAGAUAACAGGUCCAGGAUCUAUUUCUUUGGGACACGUGACAUUUAACAAUACAAACUGUGUUUUUUCUUUAUGCUGCUCACUUGAACAUGCAAGUUGGCCUGACUUGGGCUAAUAAAGGGCUUUCCUCCCCUCUUCGCUUAGCUGGGUGGCAUAACCUAAGAGAACUGUGCCUCCAGCAGUGAGAGGAUUUUGGUGUCCUUGGGAACCUUGAGAUAACUUUGUGAAAUAGUUAAAUGAAAGAGGAGAAGAAAAGGAGGGAGAGAUAGACACAGAGAGAGAGCGGGAGAAAGAGUGGGAGAGAGCAGAAGAGAGCGAGAGAGAGUGAGCGAGAGAGAGAGACAGAGAGAGAGACAGAGAGACAGAGACUCGGGGAAAACAGAUUUGUGACAGUUCUGCAUGUUUACCAUUUCCCCACAAAAAUAGCAGUAUCACUGAUGAUGUUUGAGCCUUCUUGGCCAUGAAUUCUUUUGCUAUCCCAUUUCUGCUAACUCUUAAGUCAGCAUGGGAUGGUGAAGAAUAGUCCUUGCAGGCUAAGCAAGCUAAUGCUCUGAAUACUUCUUAGUGUUCUGUGGUUAGUAGACACAGUAAAUAUUGGAUGAACAAAUGAAUACUGCUCUCUUAGAAAGAGAGGAUUUCUUCUUCCCAAGCCUGAAUGAUCAAGUUUGUUUAAGUCUCAAUCUGGUAUGUCUUCUGAUACAAGGAUUCUUUUGUUAUUUCACUGACCAGGAUCCUACCUGUGGAGUUUACAAUGGGUUGGCAAUGGUAAAGGCCAUUGGUUGCUCACUAUGGAAACUGAUCAUAGCAUAUAAGUUUGAGGUUCUACAAGCCACGUUCAUGCUCACUUCUCCAUCCUUCAUUCAUAUAUCAUGGGCUGGCCCCUAUAUAAUCUGAGCCAUGUGAUUUUGAGAGAGAUUCUCAUUUGAGGCAUGGGAAGGCAGCUAACUCCUAAAAUUUCCUUUUCUGUACAGGAGAAUAUCUUGUCUGGUUGCCUAGCCCUAUGACCAUACAUCUCAUGCCUCUUUUUAGCACUGGGCAUCAUAUAACCACCAGUCAGUUGGGCAAAGUAUUUGAAUGAUUGUUCAGAUGGCCCAUAGACCCUGCCACACUGGUAGGUUAGCCCAGGUUUAGGUUGGAAUCUCUUGGAAGGGAUAAUCAUACUUGACCUUGAAAUCCCCAUCUAUUACCCUCGACUCCCAGAAGGAAUCUCAUUUCCAACCUCAGGAGCUGUGGGUCCUGCUUCUUUUGGAUCCCUUCUUCAGAAUCUCCUUGGGCUUCUGCAGAGCCACCUGCCCAAAGGUCACGUACAGGAAAGAGUGAGGAUAAUGUUCCAUUGGUCUCCAAUGUAUUUUAUAACAGUUCUCAAAACUGGGUGUUAUGGGUAUUGAAACAUAACCAGGUCCCUUUUAGAGAAGUGGGAAAAUACACCCUGAAUACCACAUAUUAUAGGUGAAAUGAGGAUUUAUUUCCCCCAGAUUUGGGCCAUACCCAUUAGCAGGGUUGGCUUCUCAAAGGGACCACAAAGUAGCCCUAACCCUCACAGUGGAACAGGGCAGGGUGCUUACAGCAGCUCCAGUUACUGCCAUUCCUGAGAGAUGAGUGGACUUCUUCAAUAACAAGAUCAAAUCAUAAUGCUGGUGCUUGCCUACUCCUCUUCCUCAUAGUCUGACUUGUUCUCAUCAUUGACCUUUGGCCCCUGUUCAGAUGAAAAAGAUGAAGUCUCAUUUCUCUGUCAUCUUCUCUGUAGCUUACUGUUCUUAGACAACCACAGCUUCAUAGUCUAGCUUACUUGGGCCCUGAUACAGAUGAAGUUUAGGAGUCACGGUGUAUUAUCUCUUUAAACUGAGCACUAUGUCAGGCUUCAUACAAAUCAAAGAGAAACAGCACCAGCUACAGAGACCAAAAAAAAAAUAUAUUGUUUUUAUUAGCAGACUGUAUGUAUGAUUCUUAGAAAGGUGGUGAGGAGCAAGGGGAAGAGAACUAUUAUAAUUGGAAACCUCAGUUUCAAAAGACUGUAAACUACAAAUAAACAAUAAAAAGAUAAUAAACUGGUAACUCAAACAAGCAUUUUUGAGCACCAGUUACUAUGCAUGGGUCAGGCAUUGUGUUACCUGCAGGGAUACAAAUACAAAGAAUGAAGCAAUCCUCACUCUAAGAAAAAAGAAUUACAUUUUGAUGACGAGAUAACCUCAAGGUUUAUGAAAUAACCUGGAGAAGAAAAACUCGGAAUUUUACUUUUAGGGGCACAAUAACCAUCAAAACUUUCCGAUAGCAACCAAGAUAGAAAAUGUUCUUCCUUGAGAACACUUAGGCUCCAUUUUUAUAGGAGGGUUUCUCCGAAUGGUGAGACUAAAUAAAGCCAAUGUUAGCCAUUCAACAUUAAAUACACCUGACUCCCCUUUGACCCUUCCUACUACCUCCUAUACCUUUGUUUUCAAGCACUCGGUGCCCUAGUGCCUCCCUUUGUCUCCUCUAACUCAGAGGAAAGCCAACCAAGGUAUUAGAAACUGAUAUGUGUUCCUGUUCAGGAAUCUUCCCGCUUAAAAUGAUGAUUUCAAGAGAAACAGCUCAAGUAAAUUAAUUACUAAUUAUAAAAUUCCAUCCAUUAGUUAUGGAGACUUUUUUGUACCAUGUCCCCAAUGAUCUCAAAAUCACCUAGUGCAUUUGCUGCAGUGUGGCCUCGUCAAUCAAUUCAUUGAGUGCAAUUUUCUAUAGAGAAAUAGUAUGUCUGCCUCUGUUCAUUAGCAGCUAUCAGUCCAGCUGAGUCAACAAGACACAUACAUAUGAAAUAAUCAGUUCUAAUCUAUGAAAUAACAAAUAAGACUAGCUAUGGACAAAAGCUUCCAAAUAAGUUUAUAAGCUGUCAAAGAACUUAAAAUGUUUUCAAGCUAAAUUUAUAAAAAAUAAUCUGUGUGUUUUCUUUGCCCAGAUACGUCCUCCUUAAAAACAAAAACAAUAGCACCUGUUGAACAAAAUCUUAAUUUGGAAAAUAGCUAAAUGAGGGUGAUUAUAUACCAGAAGGAUUUUCACUUUACAAAAGAAUAAACUGAAGUUUUGUUUAA